AUGAGUACGGCGCAAUUGAUCAAUAGUAUUAGAGAAAAGUCGAAUGCAACUGAUCCGUGUACGAGAUCAAACUAUUUCCAGUUCAAAGUCGACGAUACUGAAUUGACAUUAUCUGUAUCAUUUGAUAGAAAAAUAAUUAGUGGUUCGGUGAAAUAUCAUUUAGUCAAUACUGGAAACGCUGAUGAAGUUAUUCUUGAUACGAGGUACUUGUUGAUCAAGGAUGUCAAAGUCAAUUCCUUAAAGACCGAGUACAUCUUAUCUGAGCCGAUUCCGAUUUAUGGUUCUGCUCUACAUGUGCCAUUGCCAACAACAAUAGACCAUUCCUCCUUGAUUGUUGAAAUUGACUUUGAGACUACCGAUAAAUGUACUGCUAUUCAAUUCUUUCAAGGAGACACGGGUCCCUAUGUAUUUUCACAGUGCCAAGCUAUCCAUGCUCGUAGUUUAUUUCCAUGCUUUGACACUCCAGCUGUAAAGUCAAAAUAUACAUUUACUGGUAAAUCGCCUUUGAAAGUAACCAUGUCUGGGAGACCCCAAGAAACAAGUGAACCAAACACAUAUGUCUUUAGCCAACCAAUUCCAAUUCCAUCGUAUCUUGUCUCUAUCACCUCGGGGAAUUUGCACAAAGCACCAAUUGGUCCACGGUCAGAUGUAUAUAGUGAAGAACCACUGCUUGCUGCAUGUAAAUGGGAAUUUGAAAAAGAUAUGGAGAAUUUCCUUCAAAUUGCUGAAUCUUUAGUCUUUGAUUACGAGUGGGAGAGAUUUGACUCAUUAGUUUUACCACUGAGCUUCCCAUAUGGUGGUAUGGAAAUUCCCAAUAUGACACAAUUAACACCAACUUUGAUAUGUGGAGACAGAACCCAAACGAAAGUAAUGGCUCAUGAAUUAGCUCAUUCGUGGUCAGGAAAUUUAGUCACCAAUUGUUCAUGGGAACAUUUUUGGUUAAAUGAAGGAUGGACAGUUUAUUUAGAGAGAAGAAUUAUUGGUGCUCUUGCGAAACAAGAAUAUAAAGCUCAGGGUAAAAGUGAAAAAGAGGCAGCAGAGUAUGGUGAGAAAGUUAGGCAUUUCAAUAUGCUUUCUGGGUGGAAUGAUUUGAAGGAGACUUGCAAUACAUUUAAUCCAAAAUUUACAAAAUUGGUAUGUGACUUGACUAACCAAGACCCAGAUGAUACAUUUUCUAGAAUACCUUAUGAAAAGGGAUCCUUCUUUUUAUUUUACUUGGAAAGGAGACUAGGUGGACUAGAGGAAUUUGAUCCUUUUAUUAAAUAUUAUUUCCGGAAGUUUAGGUACCAGUCCUUGAAUUCUUCUCAGUUUGUUGAAACAUUGUAUGAGUUUUAUGAACCAUUGGGGAAGAAAAACGUAUUGGAUAGCAUUGAUUGGGAGAAACAAUUUUUCCAACCUGGAUUGCCGGAAGAGCCACAUUUGGAUACAACUUUGGCAGAUGAAGUUUAUGCGUAUGGUAACAAAUGGGUAGAGUUUGUGAAUAAUCUGAACAAUAAUGAAACCGCUGACGUGCCUUUCACUGAGGCCGAUAUUGCAACUUUCCAGGGUGGGCAAGAUAUGCUACUCAUUGAUUAUUUGGUUGAAAAGUUUAGAAAGUGUAAGGUUUCACCUCAUCUUAUUAGAAAACUUCCAGAUAUUUAUCCUAGAUACGCAACUAGUAAAAACGGUGAGAUUAAAUCUCGCUGGAAUGAAUUGUUGAUAACUAAUGGCAAGUAUACUCCCGAGGACCAGUUGGUGCAAGAUUUUGCCGAGUGGAUUGGCCAUACAGGUAGAAUGAAAUAUGCACGUCCUGGUUAUAAACUUUUAUACAAUGGUGUUUCUAAAGAAUUUGCAGUUGAUACAUUUAAGAAAUACCGAGAUUUUUACCAUCCUAUUUGCAGGACUAUGAUUGAAAAGGAUUUGAACUUGGCUUAG